UGUAAACAAUAUGUUUUAAGGGCUAUCACGUGCUAUUAAUUUGAUUGCUAUUUACUAAAAGUUACUGGAUUUUACAGUAUUCACAAGUGAUAUAAACAUGUCUAAAAAUGGAACUGCCAAUAAGGAAAGUACAGAGGCAGUUAUAAACUUUCUCAAAACUAACAUACCCAAAUCUGAUGUUCCCAAAGUGGAAGCAGAGUUAAAGAAAGACUUUGUCCUAGCGAAAACAAAAAGUAAAGACCAGAAGAAGAAAAAGAAACCUAAGAAGAAAAAGAUUCAUAGCCUCACUAGAAAAGAGAAGACAGCAUUAGGGUUUUAUAAAAUACCAAGAAACAGUGUAAAAUACAAUGAAAUUCUAUCUCUGAACAAUAUCUGGGAAGACUAUAUGAGUCAGAUUAUAGAGACGAACAGGCAAGUCCCACAUGUAAAUAGUAAAAGUUGGGAUAAUUAUACACAAACUAUCUACAAAGCUGAUUAUCAUGGCAGCCGCAUGCAUGUAGUAAGAUCAAAAUGUCCUAGUUAUGUUGGUAAAUCUGGGAUAUGUAUAAUGGACACGAAAAACACAUUUAAAAUUGUUUCUCAAGAUGAUAAGGUUACUACAUUACCGAAGAAGGAGUGUGUGUUUCAAAUAUUUCUGAAGAAUUUUAAAAUUACAAUAUUUGGAAAACAUUUAUGUGCGAGACCUGCUGAAAGAUCAACAAAGAAAAUAAAAAGCAUUUUGCAUCCAGAUCUAUUAUAAUAAUAUUCCACAAUAAAACAUAAUUUUAUUUGCUUGUUUUAUACUUAUUGAACUGUCACCAUUUAUUGAAUACUUGCUAAAGCCAUGGUUAUUAAACUGA